CUAUGCCUCGCGUAUAGGGUAACAAAACAAAAUGCUGCAAUUCGCCGCAAGUCAAAAUCAGCUGUUUAAUAAAAUUGAUUAAAUAAAUUUCGGUUAAACUAGAAAACGAUUUUAGAUGUUAAUUAAACCUAAAAAAUGAGGAAAUCAGCCGUACAACAGAAUUGCUCUUCAAAACAACAAAUAAAAUAUAUUUGCAUUAAUUGUGGUCAUCCUAUAGCCGAGUUGUAUAGAAAAUAUAGCAACACCGCAAUCAAAACAAACAAUUGUGAAAAAUGUCACAAAAUAGCAGACAAAUAUAUCGAGUUUGACACAAUAAUAAUUUUGGUGGACGCGAUGUUGCUGUCACAGGAGUCUUACCGGCAUAUGCUACAUAACCGGAGCUUCAAGUUAAAUUGGAAAUUGUCGCUCGUUCUGCUGCUGCUCGAGUCCUUCGCCUUAUGGCGACAAAAAGAAAGCAUUGCAAGUGUCCAGCAGGAUGCGUUACACCAUGCAAUAAUCAGCGAAAAGGGUUUUUAUAUAUGCUGCUUACAAAAUUUAAUUGAUUACCUGAUUAUCACAUUACUUUUGUUGGUUGUGACCUGGGCACAACGACCAUCACUAAUUGAAUGCACUGGUAUUAGAAAAUUUUCUCUAAUUCUACUGAAAGCCAUCACCAUAGCUAAUUUAUCAAAAAUGUUCCUGCUACCACUGAUAGUAUGGCGUGGAAAUACUACAGAUUUGGGCGCCAACAUACAUCACGUACUUGUGCUGGGUCACCAUCUAUUAGCGCUGGUGUAUAUUUAUGCUAUAGUAAGUUACUUUAAAAAAACGCAAGCAUUUUUUAUUAUAUUGCCCGCUUUUGUAGCAAAAGAGUUUCUUAAGCGUCACAUUUCUGUGUGCUUAGAAUAUUAUUUUAGAGUAGAAUAAUAAUUAAUUAAAGGGAAAAUGUUUGUAAUUCACCAAAGUAAAUACCCAGUAAAAUAUGUACAUAUAUAACCAGUUAAGUUAUUUUCCAAAUAUUUCGUAUUUUAUUUCUAAUUAUAUUGAUGCUGAUUUUGCCUUUUUAUAAUACGGUGUAGGUUCACCAACUUUUCUGAGAUACAUAAAUAUGUAUUUGGGUAAAUACAUGCAUACAUGCUCGCUAGUACAUAUAUAUGUAUAUGAAUAUAUUUGACAAAAUAAUAUUCCACAUAUGUAUAUACAAUUAUAUUUGUUUCUUCGCAGUACCUAAAUCGGAAGUAAAUUUAUACUAUGCAUAUUACGUAAGUUAAAUAUGUAUCAUAUGUAGUUAAUCAUAAUAUAUUAAUUUACAAUCAAAUAGAGGACCUACCAAUGGUCAAAAAAAUUUGUGAUAAAUUUUCAAUAUCUAUAAAUUAUACCGAAAAUAAAAACUCUUAACCUCACAUUAUAAAAAGAUAGAAAU